GCAGCUUUGUGCGUGUGAGAGAUCUGUAAGAUAUCAUCCCAAUCGCUUUCCGGAAGUGAACAUCGAGAAUGGUCUUGUUCUUCACAUCCACAGCCACAACGCCACCAACCACCCUGUACAUGGGUCGAGAUAAAGUGGAGAGUAAGAAUACCUCCAUCGCUACAAGUUCGAAUCAACUUGAAGAUCCUUCUCAGAUGAGGAACUUAUAAAAUACGCGUGGCCUCAAGAUAUCUGGUUUCACGUCGACAAACUUUCCUCUGCCCACGUUUACUUACGAAUGCCCGAAAACAUGACUUGGGAAGCUAUUCCAGAAGCGUUACUGACGGAUUGUGCUCAGUUGGUGAAAGCCAAUUCCAUUGAGGGCAACAAGAAGGAGAAUUUGACAGUCAUCUACACACCCGCGGACAAUCUUAAGAAAACAGGUGACAUGGCAGUUGGCCAAGUAUCCUUCCAUAGCGAUAAGCGGGUCAAGCGAGUUCACAUCGCCAAACGGGAAAACCCCAUCGUCAACCGCCUAAAUAAAACAAAAAUCGAAAAAGAAGUCGAUCAUGAGCAAGAAAGAGUUGACCGAAUCAAGAAAGAAACAGCGUUACGACGGGCUGCUGCAGCAGAAAGGCAAAAAGCCGAAAUGGAACUCGCUCGUCAGAGGGAAGCAGAAAAGGCGGCAAGAUCGUACGACUCUUUGUUCAGCGGGGAAGGCGUCGAGGAUGACGGCACCACUCCUCGUAAGACUGGACGAGAAUUGGAAGAAGACUUUAUGUGAUAUAGGAAGCAAAUAUUACAAUGGAAGAAUCUUAUGCUCUCCACCUCUUGUGUAAAAUAUCUAUAAAAAACAAUAUACACCCGCAAGCCGGGAAGAGAGUAUGUCUUCUAUGUUGGUUAUUACAUCUCUUCCAUCAGCGCU